UUUGUGCCAGACAGACUCGUGGAUUUCACAAAAAUAGCCAAUUUUCCUGGCAAAAUUCCUCAUAUUCCCAGCUUAACUAAUUAGGAAGUGACUCAGAAGAAUAAUUUCAGGAUAUCAGAAUGCCACAGGGACGCAGGAAGAUUGCCUUCAGUGGGAAAAAGAAGAAAGAACAGUUGGCGGCAAAGAGGCAAGCAAAAGCAACACAUCCCAAUCAUUACCUUCUGAACAAGACAUUAAAGGAUGAGGAAUCUGAUGAUCAAGCUGCUAGGCGGGGUCAACCCUUGGAAGUUCAGAAGCUGAACUUCCAGCCAGGAAAACUUGGGGCUGAUGGACGAGUCAAUCGCUACGUUUUCCACUUCUACCGCGAGUCAGACAAGCAAAUCAAAGAGGCAAAGGAGUUUGCUAAGAAGGAACUCUGUCCAGUUCCGCCUGAGGGUCUCGAGGUGGGAGACAAUUUUUUCCUAGGAUACGACUUCCCGCAGAGGCCUCCUUGGAAUUUUGAGAUGUCCAAGGAGAAGCUGGAAUGGAACGAGAACAAGUAUUUCAGGGAUUACAUGCAGAAUCUGGAAAAGGUUCACUACGAUGAACGGAAAAUCCUGAGCUAUUGUGAACUUAAUUUAGAGACAUGGCGUCAAUUGUGGCGUGUUCUUGAGCUCUCGGAUAUUGUCCUGCUCAUUGCGGAUAUUCGUUUUCCAACUCUCAUGUUUCCGCCCUCUCUCUAUCAGUACGUGAACCAAGAGCUCCGGAAGAGCAUGAUUCUGAUCCUCAAUAAGAUUGAUCUCGUGCCUCCGGCUAUUGUUCUCGCGUGGAAGAAGUACUUCGAGGAGAAAUAUCCUUCUCUCCACAUCCUCACCUUCACCUCUUUCCCUUCCUACAAUCUGCGCGGGCCUCAGGGCUCCUCUACCGGUAUCCAGAUCCGUCGCCGACGUGGGAAGAUGCGAAUGGCGGCUGAGGGAGCUCAUGAAGUGUACAAGGCUGUCAGUGAUAUUGUCAAGAGCACUGUUGAUAUCUCCAGUUGGGAAAGGAAGAUUCUCGAGGAGCUCAAUUUGAGCGAUGGGGAUGAUGAGGAGGACGAACCAGAGACGCCAGAAAUUGUGCAUGAGGAAGAGAAAGAUCUCGACUUCCAGACCUAUGUGCCACACAAAAAUGGCAUUCUCACAAUUGGCUGUGUAGGAUUUCCAAAUGUGGGCAAGUCCUCGCUGAUGAAUGCUCUGAUGGGCCGCAAAGUUGUGAGUGUGAGUCGAACUCCUGGCCACACAAAGCACUUCCAGACUAUUUUUCUCACGCAAAAUGUCCGAUUAUGCGAUUGUCCGGGAUUGGUUUUUCCAUCGGCAACUCCUAGAAGCCUUCAGGUGCUCAUGGGCAGCUAUCCGAUAGCCCAGCUGAGGGAGCCUUACGGAGCCAUUCGGUACCUCUGUGAACGAGUCGAUCUCGUGUCCCUGCUCAGUCUCAAGCAUGAUUACCACGAUCCCGAAUACGGUUGGUCCCCAAUUACCGUGUGCGAUGAGUGGGCCGUCAAGAGAGGCUUCCUCACAGCCAAAGUAGCCCGUCCAGCAACCUAUCGUAGUGCAAAUAGUCUCCUUCGGAUGGCUCUCGACGGUAAGUUCAGUUUCCAUCUUCUACCGCCCGAUUACAUUAAAAAUGAGGCAAUAUGGCUUGAUCAUCCGGAGCUGAAAGAUAUAAUUGCUAUUCAGAGCAAAGAUCCAAAACUUAGUGAGAUUAGCUUUGUGAAUUUCACGGAUUCUGAGGAUGAGAAUGAGGAGAGCUCUGAUGAUGAGGAGGAAGAGAAACAGAAUUCUCCUGCUAUUCCAACAACAUCAAAUGUUUUCUCAGUAUUGAACGCCGAAGGAAUUUAGCCUAAGAGACUUUUGCUAGGAAGGAUAGAAGUGCUGGUUAAUCUGGAUUCACCAAAAAAAGCUUAGUUCUUGUUUGAAUUCAAUUGAUAUCACUUCUCUUCAAAAAUUACAAAUGUUUUAAAAUUCACAA